CUCUUCACCCACCGUAGCUACGCACAAGUAUGGCCGACUGAGAGGGCUGACAACUGUUUUGAUGGUGUAAAUAGUGCAAUUUGCCAUUUGUAAAGCACCCCUUGUAUCAAAAGUCCUACUUUUCUAAACCAACAACUACAUCGCUUCCCAGACCAUCAUGCCGUCCGCCUGUGACUCUCUGAUUGACGACAUUGAGGACAUGGUGUCCUCCAGCGACCCUACUCCUCUCGAGAGACAAUCUGCUAGAAAGAACAUCAUUCCAAGGUCCAGGAAGAAAAAUGAGCUUCUGAGCCAUGAGGAGCUCCAAGCUGACAGUUUGAUUCCUGGCACCCAAAAGAUCUGGAUGAAAACGUGGGGCUGUAGUCAUAACAACUCUGAUGGAGAGUACAUGGCCGGACAGCUAGCUGCCAGCGGAUACAUGAUGACUGAUGACCCAUCAGACGCAGACCUCUGGGUGCUCAACAGCUGCACAGUGAAGAAUCCUGCUGAGGACCACUUCAGAAACUCUAUCAAAAAAGCCCAGGAUCAGCAGAAAAAGGUGGUACUAGCAGGUUGUGUCCCUCAGGCUCAGCCACGCAUGGACUACCUUAAAGGACUCAGCAUCAUCGGGGUCCAACAGAUUGAUCGAGUGGUGGAAGUAGUGGACGAGGCUGUUAAAGGGCACUCUGUUCGUCUUUUGGGUCAGAAGAAAGGUGGAGGCCGUAGGCUCGGCGGCGCUAGACUGGACCUGCCCAAGAUCAGGAAGAAUCCUCUUAUUGAAAUCAUCUCUAUCAACACAGGGUGUCUGAAUGCAUGCACCUACUGUAAGACGAAGCAUGCCAGAGGAGACCUGGCCAGCUAUCCCAUCGAGGAGCUAGUGGAGCGAGCCAGCCAGUCCUUCCGGGAGGGAGUCUGUGAGAUCUGGUUGACCAGUGAAGACACCGGAGCUUAUGGAAGGGACAUAGGGACAGACCUGCCCACACUGCUGUGGAGAUUGGUGGAGGAGAUUCCUGAAGGAGCCAUGCUGAGGCUGGGGAUGACCAACCCACCGUACAUCCUGGAACAUCUGGAGGAGAUGGCAAAGAUAUUGAAUCAUCCGCGCGUCUAUGCCUUCCUUCAUGUCCCUGUGCAAUCGGCCUCAGACAGCGUCCUGAUGGACAUGAAGAGAGAGUACUGCAUUGACGACUUCAAAAAAGUGGUGGACUUCCUCAAGGAGAGGGUCCCGGGUGUAACCAUCGCUACAGAUUUAAUCUGCGGUUUUCCUGGUGAGACGGAGAAAGACUUCCAAGAGACCGUAGACUUGGUGACCCUUUAUCGAUUCCCCAGUCUCUUCAUCAACCAGUUCUACCCGAGACCCGGGACACCUGCUGCCAGGAUGGAGCAAGUAGCAGCCCAUGUGAAGAAGCAGAGGACUAAAGAGCUGUCACAACUAUUCCACUCGUACAACCCCUAUGACCACAAGGUGGGGGAGAGGCAACAUGUGCUGGUGACGGAGGAAUCAUUUGAUGCUCAAUACUAUGUGUCUCACAACAAGUUCUACGAACAGGUGCUGGUGCCCAAGAGGGCAGAGUUCAAAGGGAAGAUGAUUGAGGUGGACAUCUACGAGGCAGGAAAGCACUUCCUGAAAGGCCGACCAGUAGAAGACAGUAAGCCCUUCACUGCGUCCAUCGCCAAACCGCUUCAGAAGGGAGAGGUGUCUGGCUUGAUGCAGGAACCGACUGUCAAUGGAAUCCAAGAUCCUGCGUCAUCCUUAUUGUUGAUCGGCUCCUACAGUCUCGACAGGGAAGCACUGAAGAAGCUGGUGAUUGCGCUAACUCUGGCAGCAGCCAUCUUGGCCUUUGUCAUCGAGAAACUGUACUGAUGGCGUUACUGCAAACGAGGAGACGGUGCAGAAGAGGGACGGUGACCCAAUGGGAGGCUGCACUGUGUGGUCUAAGAGUGUGAAAACAGUGAUAUCUCGUGUGCCCUUACCACAUACUGUACGUGCUCUUAUUCAGUGUUGAAUGCAGCCACGAAGCAGUUUCUUCGUGGUAACACGGCAGUAUCACUGUCAUUGAAGGAGGCAAACCCCAUGGACAAUCACAUGUGAGCAGACACCUUUUAUACAACUAUCCGUUUUCAAUCACAACCUAACUAAACUAAACUAAACUCAACAUUUAUUUACAGUCCAUAUUCCAUCUCGUAUUUCAAUGAAAGUGACUUUUCAGCACCCUGAGUUGCAGUGCGAUUCUCAAUUAAUUCUGCUUUUUUUAAAAGGUUCUUAGAAGGUAAAUGCCCAUCCUUGUUUUGAUUGUAGUGUGCUUGCUUUUAAGAACGUCUCAUUGUAUUCUGUGUAAAGGGUGUGUUCAUAAUAGUAAUGUGGUUUAAGUAGAUGUUAUAUCUUUCAAUACAAAGUAUGGAAAUAAGAGUCAUGGACCGCAUAUAUCCAGAUCUUCAGCAGACAUUUAUUUCAUCCUGUAGAUACUUGUUUUUCAUCUCGGACAUCAAAGUCAAAUGGAAUUAGUUCAAGUCUUACGUCACCUGAUUAGUUACAAUGUAACUGUUGGCCAGGUGGACGAUGCCCACAGCUGGGAUUGAUGGUCAUUAUAGAUCCUUCAUCAGAACACACAACAUGACUUCUCUUACAGCGGGUGAUGACCUGCACAAGGGCCACCUCCAGGAUUGUGUCAUACUUUGUCUCUUGGUACAGACCGUUUGCAGCGCUAAACCUCACUCUUGUUAUUCAGGUGAUCCCAUCCUGUCCCGCAACAUCGCGUUGAUAUGUGAACUACUUGGUGUUUACGUGGUCCGAGUCAUUAAGACAGACGUGUUUUUUGCUUAAACUGUUUAAUAAAGGCUAAAACUGUA